GUUACCCACUCCGUUCAGACUUCUGCCUGACGCCGACAAACUAGGAUUUCGAAGCAGCCCAGGAGGUAUUGCAAGACUCGCCUCAGCUCGCCACAUACCGGAUAACGAUAAAUAUUGGGACCAAGUGCGUGUCCUACGGUCAUUGCGGCGCUCUGUCUCUGAAUGCUUGCAAUGAAUGCCACAACUGGAUCUGACGAGCACAUCCUGAAUCAGUUUCAGUCCGCCGCGCGCUCCUCGAGGCCCCAGAGAAUGUCGCCACGCUCAUACGCGUCAUCACCUCUCGAAUGAACACCCUCAUGUCCGAUCACACAUUCCCCACUUCUCAGAAUGCCUCUGUUGCGGCACUGGCAAGCUCGUUCAUGCAGGCAGGGACGGAGCGCAACACGACGAAGGAGGUUUUGAACUGUCUGAGGAUACUCGGGCGCGUGUUUCCUGUGAUUUUCGAUCUUGAAGGAGAGGGAAGCGCGUUUGAAACCGAGGUUUUGUGGACCAGAGGAGAAAGCGUGGAGGACAUUGUUGGCACGGCUUCGGAGACCCCUCAGUUUGUUAUUGAUGAUGAAGACGACAGCGAUGUUGAAACCAAAGACGCGUCACCACGACCAGGCUCAAAACCCUCAAAAAAGCAGCUCCCCUCAUUGGCAGAGAAACUUUUCACUAGUCUUCUCGAUCUUCUCUUUUGUUACGGCUUCACACUGCCUGCUAAGCAACCUGGAGAUCAUCAUAAGUUCAAUCACGUUAUAUGGGAGAAGGGGGUAGGGUCUACGACCGACGGAGGUCCCAAUCAAGCCUAUGACAAUAACAAGAUUGAAGUCCUCCGGCUUUUGCUGGUCCUGCUUUCCCGACAGAUCUACGUCUCCCCUGGGUCUCUCCUUUCCAAACCAUCACUGUACAGCUUACAUGCCGUGCAAAACUUACCUCGGCGUGAUGUAUUGACUGUCCUCUGCUCGCUGCUCAACACGGCAAUGAACUCGCCUGGAGUCACGCCCAUGACUCUUGGCGGAAUGGCCGGAAAGCUGCCGUACAACCAUCUCGUUUUCAAAGGGGACGACCUGCGUUCGAAUCUGGUUGGACUCUGCCUCCAAGUCCUAGUCGUCUUGCUAGAUUUCCAGAGCGGAUCUGCACGAGACGGAUCCACGUCCAAUGAUGAGAGUCUAGCUGCUCCCACGGCGCGGACGAAUGCAUUCCGUUACUUCUUGAUGAAGCUGCACCGGACGCAGGAUUUCACCUUCGUACUCAAUGGGAUCACCGGAAUUUUCGAAGAACAAAUGGCCACAAUGAACAUGUUGCUGCCCGGCGCACGUAAAUCCAUCCCAUAUAUUAAUGAAACUGUACUCUUCUUUUGGAAGAUGAUAGAGCUGAAUAAGAAAUUCCGCGCUUUCCUACUAGAAUCUGAAAAGGGGAUGGACCUGGUUGGAUAUCUACUGUGUUACACGCUUGAAAUCAAAGACAAGCCUCAGCAACACGGUCUAUGUCGUGCCCUGUCCUACAUCGUGCAGACCUUGUCUGCAGAACCAAGCUUCGGUGCUCGUUUGAGCAGACCCGUGAAGGCACAGUUGCCUGCUAAGUGGAAUGCCCCAGGCACUGCUGCCGACUUUCUAAUUAAUGCUAUCUAUGCAAUUGUAGCUACUACAUCUGGAGCCCUCAACUCUCUCUAUCCUGCACUCGUCAUCGCCUUAUCCAAUUCUGCUCCGUACUUUCAAAACCUGACGGUCACAGCCUCGGCUCGGCUCAUCCAACUAUUUGCGUCGUUUUCCAACCCGAUGUUUCUGCUUUCAGACGAAGGGCAUCCGCGCCUUCUUUUCUUCAUGUUGGAAGUUUUCAAUGGUGUGAUACUACACAAUCUGAAGGCCAAUCCCAACUUAAUCUAUGGGAUUAUAUCGUCGCACAAGACCUUCGAAGAUCUGGGCACAUUCACGUUGUCUCGCGGGCUACGCGAGAUUCGCAGAAUGCAACUGGCAAAAGAAGAACAGGCGCGAAAGAUCGAUGCAAAGGGCAAGCGUCCGAUGGGGUCAGGAGAAAACCUGCAGCCACACGAGGAGAAGGCAAAACUACUUCGCUCAGAGAGCGAGAGCACACUUCCAGAAGGUGCACCGUUGGAAAGCACACUUUCGCUUGAAGAUGAAGGUGCAACAAGUCAAGAGCCGGAGAUCUCGACGGUCCUGCCGGCGGCUCAGAUGUCGGUGCCAGCGUCUCCGACAUCCGAGUCAGCUCCUCUGGCCUCUGAGAAAGCACGAGGGAAAAUGAAGGCGCGGCGAUCGCAUUCUCUCGAUGUCAAUGGGCCCCUGGAUCGAGUUGCUGCUGCCGGAGUGGGUAGGAACGGAUUCGUGCCCACUCAAGAAUGGGUGUGUUCUUUGAUUCCCAGACUGAAUCCGUCUCACGAUCCUCCCUCCGAUCAGGUCACAUCCUGGCAGCAAGGGUGAAACCUCUCCACGCCCAUUUCAUCUCUCCCAGCGCUGACACCCCCAUCCAGGCUGCCUCUGGACACAGUCAUGCUUCUCAUUUCCGAACUGAUGCCGAAAGUGCAGGAACUGCAGGCCAAUCGACAUCGCACGACCUCCACCUCAGCUAUUGUGGACUAUCUGGGCGCAGUCUCUUUGGAGAACGUUUUACCGGCAGCCCCGGAGCUCUCACCUCGACGAUUCAUGGUCCGUUUUAUGCCCAUAUGUCGGAUGCGCUGGGGCUGACAGUUGUGACCAGUGGUCGGAUUCGUCUGUGAUCUGGCUCACUUCCCUGAUUUGGGGCGAAAUAUACGUACGUGGGAUGACUCCGCUCGGGAUUUGGAAUGCAACGAACGUGCGGCUGUUCUAUGUCAAACACGCUCCGACACAGCAGCGCCAACUGACUGAGGCUGUGACCAAUGUGAUGGGUGGUCUAUGGGGGAGAACUGCCGAGCCGAUACGCGCCAGGACUUAGUAUGAUCUUAUGUAAUGUAAAUGAUAUCAUCACUGUGAUCAGGAUGAAACAGACCUAGGUUUCAUUCGUUCAA